AAAAAAUCUUAGAGAAGAUAUUCAACAUAGUUGCCAACAAUGUCACUGAAAUAAGUUUUGAAUUUUUGCAACAAAAACUGAACAUCGCAAGCUCAGAAAAUAGCCUCCCUGUAAAGAACACUGUUCCAUUAAAUGAGAGGAUCUACCAUACACUUAUCAAGUGGAAAGCAGAUAAAAGCUCGUUACUCACAGCUACUGCCUUAAGAGACCAACUUGUUCGGGCACUAAAUAUGAUAGGCGCCUACAACAUAAUAGACAAGAUCACGGCCUUGAAUCUUUAUACAAGUGCCAUCAAAAUCUAGCCCGUGAAUCUGAAGUAGAAGCUGAAAACUUAUGAGGCAUAUACAGAAUUCAUUUUCCCU